CCCUCAACGCCCAGCUCAAGUCACUCGCAUCGGUAACACAAUGAAAAGCAUCCACUCAGUCACUCAUCGGCCGGGUGAGGGUCUUUUGUGUGUGUGCAGUCGGGUCAGUCGUCGUACCGUUCGUAAAAAGACGGCUCCGGCCGAUGGCGUCUCCUUGUCCAUGUAAAGUGACGCCGCUGCGAAGCCGUCCUCGACGAGUGUGCCGUGGUGCAUGAGCAGUGCACCAGGCAGCACAGACGAGGACACGGACAGACCAGCCUCAUCCUAAGACACACACAGAGAGGGAGAGAGAUUGCUGUGUGUCUCAUGGCCAUGACGUGUGUGUGAAUGAGUGUACCUGUGCAAUGACGAUUGGAUGGCCGGCCGAAUGCUUGGCGAAGUGCCACCUGCCCGACGGGCCGCUCGGCGGAUCGAUUACCUCCCAAUUGCUGGAUGAUAAAGCAUACAGACAGACAGAGACAUUGAUCAAGUUGUCUAUGUCCUUGAACUGAAGCUCUCACCAACAAUCAGUAACAGACGCCACACGCACACACACACACACCCCUCUCUGUCUGCACUGGGGUGUCUAUGUGCAGAUUAUCGGGGCGUCAUGGGUGUGUUCGCCUCCGGCCGCGCUUUGUUCCACUCGUUCGCGUGCGGCUUCCGAGGCGAUGAAAGUUUGGUCGGCGGUGCAUUUUCCCACACACAGCCAAUGCCGCAGCUCACCGCAGCCAAAAAGAGGGAGGGGAACCCUUCACCACAGCAAGGUGAGUGUCCUCACCCAACCACAUAACACACCCAUAUGUAAUGUCUCGCUGUCUGUGUAUGCCGUUCGAUUCAGUGUCGACGCCCGGCGCUCCCUCACCCUCACUGGCCGCAGCGGCCGUGCCUCGUCAGUGUCUGUACACCAUGCCCGACAUGCCCACGAUCGAGUGAGUGGGCAAGCAAAGGAAGCAACACGCAGCAGGCAGUAUUGUUGUGUCUGUCGUGUGUGCAGGGAUUGGGAGGACGGCGAGUGGGGGUGGGUGGUGCUGCGCGAAAGAGGAGAAGUCAUCGCCUCGGCAGCGUCGGUGAGCAUUGCACUAACACACGCACGCACACACACACACUCCCUCUGUGUCUGUGUCAUCAGAGUGCACGUAGCGCGUUGCUGCUGAAGGACAUUGCUUGUGGCCCGAUGACGAUGGGCGUCUCCCUCGAGCUGAGGGGCGACGACUGUGCGGGCGGACCGACCUUCAGAUCUCAUGGGCCGGACAGGCGAUACAUCGUCACACUCGAUGCACCCACGUCAGUCAGACACGGCACAUGAGACACAAACACACACAGCGACAUGGCAAGUGUCUCUUGUGUGUUCAGAGGUCGUCUGUUGCUCAAAUCUCAGAACGCCGCCUCCCCAGUCGUCAUCGCAUCCAACUCCGUCCCACUCACAUCCGGGUGAGAUUGCCCAACGCCAGCGUCAUGUGUGUGAUAUGAUGUGUGUGUCCAUGUGCCUCAGUUUGGUGUAUGACGUGCAAGUGACUGACAAGUCCAUCACGCCGACCACCUCACUCGUGUCGAUCAGCAUCGACGGCCACACAAAACUGCACAAGGAGAUCCCCAAAGACAACACACCAGGCAACCAGACACACUGACACACAGACAUUCAUGCAGACAGAUAGCUAAGGUGUGUGUGUGCAUGUUGCGUGCAGGUGGUGUGGGAUUGUUCAUCGAGAGGGGUGAUGUCGAGUUCAAAAAAUUUCAUGUCGGCCCGCCCAGCGACACAGAACAAUUCGACUGAUCAACGCGUUACACAGACAAACACAGACAGACAGACAGACAGAGAGACAGACACAUGGAUGUGUACAUGCUGCAUGACUCAUGGAUGACCAAAGUCACCGACAGAUUGAUAUCCGUGUGUCUCGCCUUGUCUUGAGACUUGCAUGUAUGUCUCUAUGAAGACGGUCCGCUACAGCUAUCCACCCACAUGCGAAUCACUUACUCCUCUUCAGCUCGAAUACCUCAAUCUCAUUUUCAUCCAACACAAGCGACUUCAGAAACUCACAGUCACGCCCCCUGCCGGCAGCCGACAAACCAUGCGACUUCUUAUCAAAGAAAGUGCGUAUGGUGGCCUCUGUCGCCACUCGCUUCACCAACACAUCAGAGGGGAGGGAGGCGAAGAACUCUCUCUCCUUCUCGCUGUCUCGCCACAUGUGGGCGAGGAGACACACAGUCUGGGGCGAUAAUAGCUCCAGCAAUGUCUCUUUGAGGGGCUCAUGAGCAUCAGAAAAGGCGAGCACGUCACAGCACAGCAAAACAUCGAUGCUCCUGGCACCGGACUGCAAUAGAACAUUUCCCGAGUCGGCCGUCCCCCACUGCAGGCGCUCCACUUGCGGCAUGACGGCGGGCAGCCGGCUGUCUUCGUCUGCUGGGCGCAGCCCAAAGAGAGAGCGGUUGUGCUCGACAUUGGACGACAGGAAAGGAAGCACAGACUCUGAAGGGCACAUACAGCACCACUUACAAGAACCCCCACGAGAUGAACGACUUACCCUGGUCGGUGAGGACUACUCUGGCUCCGAGACAGGCGGCAGUCAGGCCACACAGGCCACAGCCGGCCCUACAAGCAGACACAUGAGGCUGACAUGCGGCAAUGCAUGCACGCCUAUCCGGCGACUCCCAUCCACCCGAGUUCCACGAUUGUUGUCGGGGUCGCAAAACUCAUCGUGCCCUCGUGUGCGCACUGCUCGAGGUAUCUGAGGAUGUUCCGCCUUUUGAUCGACGCAUGGCUGUCUGUUUGAGCUUGAUCACCUUGAUGCGAACCAUGCGCAUGGCCAGACUUGCUGUCCGACGAGGCCCCAUUUGUCUUGAUGCAGCACAAUGGUCGCUGAAGAACGAGGCAGCAGCUCGUAAGUGAAGUCCCGACUCAUUGUACGUUUGACCUUUGUCCACACUUGCCUGACGUCUGUUCCAUUAGAGAGACGCCCCCACAUCGCCCCCAUGUAUUUCAAGCUCGCGCAGAUCUUUCCCCUUUUCUCUUCCCCUCAAACAGACCUCAUGCAUCAGUGCAUUUGUCCGAUGAAGCGCAAUUCCAUCAGCAUCUGGGAUCUCUCCUGGGACGAAGACGAGUUGAAGACGAGGACUGCAUCGGUAACGAAAGCCUUAGGCUUCACGAUGAUUCCAUGUUGUGAUGUUCAUGUCCAUUUUGCACCAUCCAUGUUUGCAGGAAGGUGAGUACAGUAUCACACAUGGGCGGAGCGGGUAGUCGCCGUCAAGUGACUCCCCACCCGCAGUUCAAGUGACUCAACAACCCGGGGCCCGUGGUCACCAAAUCGCUCGAUGUGCCCUCCGGUAAGGGGAUGAUCAAUGCAUUGAGCUGCACCGUGUACGCGUAUCUGGUCAAUGACAUGCAGCCACAGCCUCGUCAGCCCUUGUGCCCGUCGCCGUUUCAGCGCCCCCGUCACAGGCAGGAGCUAAUUGCCUGUGACGGGAGGCAAUCCGAUGUAUUGAUGGAUGUCAGACCGACAUCUUCGAGGCCGGGGAGGCCGGCGAUCCUGAGUUGGUCCGGGCAAUUCUCGACACAAGUGACGACGAGCGCAUCCUCGACGGGCGAGACGGAGACGGAUUCACACCCUUCAUUCUACCAUGGCCAUGUCGCUCUAAUGUCCCUCAUGAGUGAGCGAGACCACCAAGGUACAUCAAUAUCGAUGGUGUUGGUGGUGGGGAGAUGUCGUGGCUGUCUGAUGGAAUGCAGGGCCGCGUGACAGCAAUGCACUGGGCCGCCAGGGGGGGGCAUGUUGCGGCCGUCAACCAGCUGCUCAAGUGGGAUCCCCAUUUGUGGGGUGCACACAGCGAGGUAACAGAACAAACACAUGUCGCUGUGUGGGUUCCCUCCUGUGUUUGUGUGUUACUUUCAGAAUCGCCGCACACCAUUCAUGCUGGCUGCCGC